AUGGUCUCCUUCUCGCGAAGUUGUGAAAUGGCGAAACCAGAAGCGUAUACGGUCGGCUGGAUCUGCGCCAUCUCUACAGAAGCCGUCGCGGCUACCCUGUUUCUGGACGAAGAGCAUCCACCGCUCGCUGCUACGACCGUGAAUGACAACAACACCUACCAGUUAGGCAGAAUCGGACCCCACAAUGUCGUCAUUGCCGUCUUACCGGAAGGCGAGUACGGAACCGUGUCAGCGGCAGCCGUAGCAAGAGACAUGCUGCAUACUUUUGAGAACAUCAGGGUGGGGCUCAUGGUCGGCAUCGGUGGUGGUGCACCAACCAGAAAAGAUGAUAUCCGACUUGGCGACAUUGUGGUCAGCUCUCCUGGAAACGGUUACCCGGGCGUGUUCCAGUACGACUACGGAAAAGCAAUCCAAAACCGAGAGUUUCAGACUACAGGACAAUUGGAUCAGCCUCCAACUGCUGUACGGACUGCGGUUCAGGCCCUGAAGACAACACACGAAAUUCAUGGUCAUUCUUUCAGCGAGAACAUUGAAAGAAUUCUCGGGAAAAGUCGCCCGAAGAUCAGAAAGAAAUAUUCACGGCCAACUGCAGAGGAUCGACUGUACCAGCCUGGUUACGUUCACCGAGCUGACCCCGAGGCCCAAGCCCACUGUGUGGAUGUUUGCGGGGAAGAUCCAACAAAUCUGGUUCAACGCAGAGAAAGGGAUGAGGAUGAUGACAAUCCUGCUAUUCAUCACGGGCUGAUCGCAUCUGCCAACACAUUGAUGAAGGACGCCGAGACUCGCGAUCACCUCUCUGGGCAGCACAGGGUCCUGUGCUUUGAAAUGGAAGCUGCUGGUUUGAUGAAUCAUUUUCCGUGUCUCGUUAUCCGUGGGAUUUGCGAUUACUCGGACACGCACAAAAACAAGGAAUGGCAAGGAUUUGCAGCAAUGACAGCCGCUGCCUACGCCAAGGAUCUUCUGUUGAAGAUAUCUCCGACCAAUGUUGAGAAUGAAAGCAGACUAAAGGAUCUUAUUGAACCCCUCGCAAACGACAUCAGAGACACUCGGCGCGAAAUUCAAGAAGUGUCUUCAUCCCUGAGAACUGCUGAGGAAGAAAGCAAGAAAAUGCUUGAGCUGAUUGAUGGCGCCUACAUCCUGCUCGAUGCCCUUGACGAAUGCCGGGAAGAAUUAAGACCAAAUCUACUCUCAUGGCUGGAAAACAUCCGGGAACUGCCUAUCAAUCUCCUCGUCACAAGCCGUGCGGAGCUUGAUAUCAGUUUUGCCUUACGCGGUUCGCGCCAUCAAGGUCAAGAUGUGGAUAUCAGAAGCAGCUUGGUGACCGAAGAUAUCCGCGCAUACAUCCGUUGGAGGGUUAAGCCCGAGAAGAGCAAGGAAAGUCCCUCCAUAGCUCAUGGAUUUGAAAGAUGGAAAACGGACACCGCAAUUCAAGACGAAAUCGAGACGAAACUUAUGGAAAAAGCGAACGGAAUGUUCCGAUGGGUCAAGUGUCAGCUGGACGCUCUAGAGCAGUGCUUGCAUUACCUAGCACUUAGACAGGCUUUGAAUUCACUACCGCAAAAUUUGCAUGAUACGUACGCCCGUGUACUCGAUAACCUGGACAACUCGAAAAAACCGUGGACAAUCCGUGUACUCCAAUUUUUAGCCUACUCUGAGCGACCUAUGACGCUUGAUGAGAUGGUCGAUGCUCUGGCGGUGGACCCAGAUACGGAAGAGCAAGAUGUGUCGAAGAACAGGAUGCCGGUCCCGGAUGAGAUAGCAGGAUACGCCUCUACUCUAGUGUCUUUUGUGGUUCUUGGAACGCAGUUUCAAGAGGCUUAUGCCAAAGCAGACAUGACAAAUGUCUGCCUCGGCUAUUUGUUGCACUUGGAGAAACCAAUGCCGGUGAAAGAUCUCAGGGCGACCUUUCCAUUUGCGCAAUUCUGUGCCAGAUACUGGUUGGAAUAUGCUGCCGUGGCCGAAACGAAAGAUGAAACGGCGAAAAAGAUACGGAAGUUUGCGAAUAGAUUCCUCACCAACAAGGAAGGCUCUUAUGCCAACUGCUACCGUCUCUAUAGACCAGACUACCCCGGGCAAACUGAGCCAAACGAUGAUAAAUUGGAGCCAGCUCAUGCUUUGUAUUAUACAUCGUUUGGAGGGCUCCUAAUUUCCACAAAAGCUCUUCUCGAGAGAAAAGCCGAUGUCAAUCAGCAGGGGAGGAACUCCAACAACGCUGCCUACGGCAACGCUCUCCAGGCGGCAUCGUACAAUGGUCAUUUUGAGAUUGUACAGCAACUGUUGGAUGCCAGAGCCGAUGUCAAUGCGAGAUGGGGAUACCGCACCGCUCUCUAUGCAGCGUCAGAAGCGGGCCACGAGAAGGUCGUUCGGUUGCUUCUGGAUCAUGGGGCUGAUGUCAACGCGAGAGAUAGGUACGGCGGCGCUCUUCAUGUUGCGUCGGGAAAGGGCUAUGAGGAGGUCGUUAGGUUGCUUCUGGAUCAUGGGGCUGAUGUUAACGCGCCAGGGGGGUACGCCACCGCUCUCUAUGCAGCGUCGGCAUCGGGCCGCAAGGAGGUCGUCAGGCUGCUUCUAGAUUAUGGGGCUGAUGUCAACUCGAGAGGAAGGUUCGGUAACGCUCUCUAUAUAGCGUCGUCAGGGGGCCACGAGGAGAUCGCUAGGUUGCUUGUGGAUCAUGGGGCUGUUAGCUAUCCGGCAAUUGCCGCUCGCCAACAUAAAGAAGAAGCAGACCUGGCGAAGAAGCGCAAGUUACCUGAUACGGCGCAGGAGGAGCAGCCGGCGAAGAAGAGAGGCCGUGGCAUGCCUCCCAAAGAGAAGGCUUCGUAG